UAAUCGUGCAAAGCUUUUAAAGCUCGAAAACUCCUUCCAGUCUUUUUAUCUUCUUCUUCCUCCAAACAUUCAGAAAAAUGAGGAUUGUGCGGCCAGAGGAGAUCAUGGGGACGGACCUAGAAGACCACCACCGCGCACUGCAAGCAUUCGCCGGUGGCGGCGUCCACUGGAGAAAAGAUGAGGAAGAAUUGAAGGACUGGCGAGUUUCAUCCAAAGUAGUGAAUGAUUGUGAAGAGGAGAAGAAGAUUGUUUGUGUCACUAGUGGCGUCUCCUACUUAGGCCUUGCCAUUGUAAACAAACUCAUAUGUCAUGGUUACUCCGUCCGAACCCUCGUCGACAACCAAGAGGACAUAGAGAAACUGAGGGAGAUGGAAAUAUCUGGGGAGAUAAGGCCAAAUAACAAUAUGGUGGAGCCAGUUAUUGGGAAUUUGACAGAAGUUGAAAGCUUAUUGAGAGCAUUUGAGGGGUGUUGUGGAGUAUUUCACACCUCUGCAUUUGCUGAUUCUGCCGGUGUCUCUGGUUACACUAAGUCCAUCGCUGACAUUGAAGCGAAGGUGUGCGAGAAUGUGAUGAAGGCUAGCGCAAGAACACCCUCAGUGAAGAAAUGCGUGCUCACAUCUUCACUUUUGGCUUGCCUAUGGAGAGACGGCAGCCGCCAAAACCUCUCUCCAGUGGUUGAUCAUGAGUGCUGGAGUGAUGAAUCAGUCUGCCUAAACAAAAAGCUCUGGCUCGCAUUAGGUAAGCUGAAGGCAGAGAGAGCUGCAUGGAGUAUAGCCAUGGAGGAGGGUUUAAGCUUGGUCAGCAUCUGUCCAGGUCUCAUUACAGGUCCCAAGUUCUUUCAUGAAAACUCAACAGCAUCAAUAGCUUACCUAAAAGGUGCAAGGGAAAUGUUUUCAGAUGGGUUGCUAGCGACAGUGGAUGUGAAUAGAUUGGCAGAGGCACAUUUGUGUGUCUUUGAGGCAACUAACAGGAGGGCUGUUGGUAGAUUUAUCUGCUAUGAUCAAGUAAUAGAUGAAGAAGAGGAGGCAGAAAAAUUGGCUAAGCAAAUGGGUCUGCCGGUAAACAGGAUAUGUGGGAGUGAAUUUGGUAAUACACCAUUGAGGUUUCACUUGUCAAACAGGAAGCUCUCCAAUCUAAUGUCAAGAACUCUCAAACCUUGUCACAAUGAGAGUUGAUUUCAUGUUAAUAACAAAACAAGAAGCAUUUUUCAUUACAA